CGGAGUAUUGCGUACUGGUAAGAAACAUGGGGACGGCAGAUAUUUCUUGGCUUUUGUUUUUAACUUUUUCCCUUUUGGGUAUUAUUCUCUUCGGCCACCCACCCACCACCUAGGCACUCUUAAUCAUAAUCCUCAGCCUCAUCUGGUGGCUAUUUUGGUUAUCCUUUUUGAUCCUCUCCUUUCAUCCGUCUCUUCAUCUCCAUUUUUCAUCUUCUUGCCCUUCUACUACUACGCUUGUUAAUAUCCAGCUGCAUUGGCUAGUUUAACCGUCGAAUUAUCCCUCCGGCCGCCACUUCAUUUCAUUCAUCCCUCCGUUCCGAAACUUUGCGAACAGCGCAACGCGUAUUAUUUCAAUAAUAAUAAAAAAGAGGGAAAUGCAACAACCCUUCUUCUUCCUCUCCUCCGCCUAGUCUGUAAUCUUACUGCGACUCUUUGGAGCGAUGCAUUCGAGAUAGACCAGAAAAAAGGGAUAAUAAAGGAUUAGACUACUAGAUUUAUACGGGAAGAAGGAAGUUUCCAGAUGGGGAUAUGGAGAUAUGCCGUCGUCUUGGAUGCUGGUUCAUCUGGGACUCGCGCACAUGUCUACAGAUGGCCCGAUAGCGUCAGCGCACGAAAGUCGGCGUCCUCGAAACAGCUGGCGUCGCUGCCCGAACUCCUCACUAAGGAUAAAUGGACCAAGAAGAUACAUCCUGGCAUUUCAACAUUCUCCAAUAAACCCGAAACCGUCGGCCUCGAACACCUCAGGCCCCUCCUCGACCAUGUCCAAGAAGUUAUCCCCGAAGAAGAGAUAUCCGAUACCCCAAUCUUCCUCCUCGCAACCGCUGGCAUGCGUCUACUUCCAAGCCAGAAGCAAAGAGCCAUUCUCGAUAAUGUAUGCGCCUAUAUCCGCAGUAGUACCGAUUUCCUGAUCCCCGAUUGUAGGCAACAUGUACAAGUUAUCGAAGGCGACACAGAGGGGCUUUAUGGGUGGAUUGCAACAAACUAUUUAAUGGGUGGCUUUAACGAUCGCCAGUCUCACAAUCAUGGAAAGGGCCAUCAUACGUACGGGUUUUUGGAUAUGGGUGGAGCCUCGGCGCAGAUCGCGUUUGCCCCAAAUGCGACGGAGGCGGAGAAGCAUGCGAACGACCUAACGCUACUGCGCCUGCGGACCCUCAACGGCUUGCCUAUGGAAUACAAGGUGUUUGUCACGUCGUGGUUAGGCUUUGGUGCACGUGAAGCUAGGAGUCGAUAUGUGAAGGCGCUGUUGGAAUCAACUGCCAAUGACAAGAACAGAGCUCGACCGGAUCCUUGUUUGCAUUCCGGCCUCCGAACGACCCAUGACGGAACCAUUCUACCUCCCACCGGUCCCGUGUCCGGCAUGGAGCCGUAUCUUGUUGGAACGGGUAAAUUCGAAGAGUGCUAUCGUAAUACAUACCCGUUGCUAGAGAAGGAUGCGCCCUGCCCCGAUGAGCCGUGUCUUCUACAUGGCGUCCACGUACCCGCAAUUGAUUUCGACGUCAACCAUUUCAUCGGCGUAAGUGAAUACUGGCAUACGACACAUGAGAUUUUCGAAAUGGGCCAUAAGGAUAAAUCGUACGACUUCACCACGUACCUCCAGCGCGUCCAAGAAUUCUGCUCACAGCCGUGGGAGGCUAUUGAGCAAGGCGUUAAGAGCAAGCAGUGGGGGAAAAAGGUCGAUCAGGAAACCGCCUUUGCGGUUUGUUUCAAAGCUUCAUGGCUAAUAAGUAUUUUACAUGAUGGGAUCGGCAUUCCCCGCGUUGACAUUGAAUCAGGAGGACACAAUAGUACAGUGGAGUCGAACGUAAAGGGCUACCUAGACGCCUUCCAGGCUGUAAACAAGAUCGACUCGACUGAAGUGAGCUGGACGCUCGGGAAAGCCGUGCUAUACGCUUCGUCACAGGUGCCACCACUUCCCAACGGCCUCCCUGUGGGCUUCGGAAGCAACCCCCCAGCUGGAAGCAAGAAUCGCAUCCCAGACGAUUUCCAGCGACCGGGAGCUCCAUACCUUCUGCCUAGUCCGCCGUCACCAUCCCCAACUCACAAUGAGACUGCCUCCCAGCCGCAUGCGUCUAGUGUCGCAUCACCGCACUGGCACGACACGCUUUUUACUGGCCAUUCUCCGCGGCGGGUCCCAGGUCUUUUCCUCUUCUUAAUAAUAGUUGUUAUAGCAAUCUUUUUCCUCUGCGGCCGCGAGCGCCGAACACGACUCUACCGAAAAUAUAUCCGGCGAACAAGUCACGGUUCCUAUCAUCAUCAGAAUAACAAUUACUACCGACGAGGCAACGGCUUCUCGUCUAAGAUCUUCAAUACGCUUCCCCGCAUCUUCUCGUCCCCGUCCCUAAAACGCACCAAUUCCUUCUCCGCCUCCUACGACGACCUUCUCGAAGCCGGCGCGCGCGAUUUCGAGCCUAGCCCUAGCUCCUCUCCUACAGACGAUGAGACCAUGUCCAUGUCCAUGUCCAUCCCUCCAAUAAUCCCCAACACCCCCUUCACCCCAACGUUCACAAACACCUACAACGACGAUAAUAAUACAAACAACAUCCUCGUCCGGACGAAAUCGACUAAUAGCAUGUAUCACCACCAUCACCACCAUAACAACAAUCACAACGACCCCGGCACAACCAGCGGCAUGGGCAUCUCUCUCGGUAGUCCCCCGGGCCUCGAUGCUACUACUACCAUCAGUGCGCUAGGUAACAUGGAUCGUCAUGGGUUAGCGGUGCGGACGGAGGGUCGAGAUCGUCUCGCACCGUUGGCACUGGGGCCGACGACCAAUGGCCGCCGGUCGAGGGCAACGAGUCCCGUGCGACAUCAUUAAAGGGGUAGAUUGUUUUUUCGGAUGAUGAUGAUGAUGAUGACAAUUGAUGAUUUGCGUUUAUUUACUUUCUUUUUUUCGAGAGAAACCUCGGUUUCAUGCUGCAUUUGCUUCUCGUCUUUUCUUGAGCAUUGUUUUAAUACUCAUAGUGACACCGCGUUCCGUUGUGGGUUUUUUUGUCACUUCUAUUCUUUUCUCUUUUUUUUUCUUCCGCUUUAGAAGCUGUGUUAUUUUGGUGUGACCAACCUUUUGGAGGAGAGGUCCCGUUAUCCUUUUUUUCCCUCUGAUUCGCUUCCUAAAAUCACUGUAAUACACAUGUGCGACGUUGAUUGUUGGGAUUAUAACACGGUCCCACCAUCCUCAUUUGCUUUGUACCUUUUUUUU